AUGGCCGCGGCACCCAGCGUUGCAGCUUCUCCGAGCACCGUCUUUCCUCGCAGCCAUGUCGGUUUCGACAGCAUUACAUCCCAGAUCGAGAGGAAGCUCUUGAAGCGUGGAUUUCAGUUUAACGUCAUGUGUGUUGGCCAAACUGGUCUUGGAAAGUCUACCUUGAUCAACACCAUUUUCGCUUCGCAUUUGAUCGACUCAAAAGGCCGUCUGACCCCCAAUGAGCCCGUUCGCUCUACCACCGAAAUCCAGACCGUCUCUCACAUCAUCGAAGAAAACGGUGUGCGUCUGCGUCUGAAUAUCGUUGAUACCCCCGGUUACGGUGACCAAGUUAAUAAUGAUCGAUGCUGGGACCCCAUCGUCAAGUACAUCAAAGACCAGCAUUCCGCCUAUCUCCGCAAGGAGCUCACAGCGCAGCGAGAACGCUACAUUCAGGACACGCGUAUCCACUGCUGCUUAUUCUUCAUUCAACCAUCUGGACAUGCUCUCAAGCCAAUCGACAUAGUCGUGCUCAAGAAGCUUUCUGAUGUCGUCAAUGUUGUUCCCGUUAUCGCCAAGUCGGACUCCUUGACCUUGGAAGAGCGACAAGAAUUCAAAGAGAGGAUCAAGGAAGAAUUUGCUUUCCACAACUUGAAGAUGUACCCAUACGACAAUGACGAGCUCGAUGACGAGGAGCGUGUGAUGAACGUUCAAAUUAGGGACAUCAUUCCAUUUGCCGUUGUCGGGAGCGAGAAAAAUAUCGUUGUCAACGGAAAGCAAGUCCGCGGCCGACAAAACCGAUGGGGCGUGAUCAAUGUUGAAGACGAGAACCACUGUGAAUUCGUAUAUCUCCGCAACUUCCUGACACGCACCCACCUCCAGGAUCUCAUCGAAACCACUAGCCAGAUCCACUACGAGACUUUCCGCGCCAAGCAACUCAUGGCCUUGAAGGAAAGCAGCGCCGCUGGUGGCGGUCACACCGGUAGCAGCAGGCCCAUCAGCCCAUCGGCCGAUCGUGAACUGAGUCGGAACUCCCAGAGGGUCACUAUGAAUGGCUAUUAG